ACAACUAUAAAUAAUAAGUGGUACUGAUAAUAAUAUUUACAAAAAUAAAUAAAUAAAAUAAAAUAAAAGUAAACAAAGCACUGAAAAGAUGAUAAUUGGAAAGAACACAAAAACUUACCUUCAUCACCCCAGCCUGGACCAUCCACCUCAUUGAAAACAAUUCAAUUUCCCAUGAGGAAAGUGAAGGGUCUGAUUUGGAGGAAUCGAAAUGCUGCAUAAUUUGUAAAGUUUUCUCUUCCGGCACACAGAGUGUGUAAAUCUUCUCACAAUGUCUGAAAUUCGAAAACGUAAAGGACGUUCUAUAUCAACGAAAGACAAGACUUCCAACUCUUAUUCAACAUCCAAAGACAAGCAAAAAGAUGCCGCUUCAAACUUGAAUAUUUUUUAUGUCAACCUUGUGUUGGGUGUGUGUGCAAUGUUAACCUGUGCAUACAUACAUUCUACAUACAUGCACACUAUUCACGAGAAUCAGAUGUUUUUUACCGGCAUCAAGGAAGUUGAAAGAGAAAUAUCAUUUCGGACAGAGAGUGGAUUAUACUACUCCUAUUACAAACAGAUGGUGAAUGCCAAAUCCAUUUCUUCAGGCAUUCAAUCCUUAAUACAUGACAACUUAACAGAAUACCCGAGUACAAUCAACAUUCUGGAGCGUAUGAACAUAUAUCAGGAAGUGUUUCUGGCUGUCAUGUACAGAACACUUGGCAUUCGGAGGUUGCCCAUUUUCUUCUACAUUGAUGCCGUGUUUAACCUUCAUGGAUGUCUUGUGGCAGCCCUGUUCAUUAUGUCAUGGGUUCUCAGUGGAUCGUGGCUGGCUGGCACGCUGACCGCAGUGUUCUACAUCCUGAAUCAUGAUGAGACAACCCGCAUUGCUUAUGUGCUUCCGUUGCGAGAGUGUUUUUCUUUGCCAUUCACCUGGAUACAGCUUGCCGCUAUGACCUUCUACCUCAAGAAUAACCUCUCUGGGUGGAAAGAGAAACUGUGUACCGCGGUGAUCAUCAUGAGCACGUUUCUCUUUGCCCUCUUCUGGCAGUUCAACCAGUUCAUCUUCCUCCUGCAGUGCAUUUCACUGUUUGGGGUGUGGAUCCUCGACAUGGUCCACUCACAGAAGGUACAAAGGUUGUUGUUGAUUAUUCUGGGCAGUAUGUUGGCUGUGUGGGUAGCUCAGUUUGGCAACACAAUGAUUCCAGUUUCUCUCUGCCUCAGCUUCACCCUGGCAACACUUCUGCUUAUGAAAAUUAAGGGUGAGAGUUCACAGCCGUGCAGUUUUGCCAUGCGAGUGAUAAAGGUUGUCCUGUAUUCCAUCUCAGUGUUGCUUCUAAUGGCUAUCUCCAGCACUCUCCUUAAGUUUGUGUUGAAGGUUGAUUCUGAUGAUCACAUUUAUAAAUUCCUUCAGAGUAAAUUUGGCUUUGGAGAGCUGGCUGUUAAAAGAGAUUUUGACUCAAGAUUGUACCUGUGUCUAGAUAUAUUUGACUUCCUACCAGUCAUGGUGUAUCAGCAUUUGACCACCGGUGGAAUUUUCCCUUUCUAUCUGCUAACUCAUGUUGGCUUGUUGGUUUCUCUUCUCAUAGCCAUCAUUCAAAACUGGAGCAAAAAGGAAAGCAAAGAUUCCAAAAGUGAACAUAUAUUGAGCUCCAGGCAAGAUUUAGCAUUCCAUACAGUGCAGUGUGUGAUGUUCGGCCUGCUUGCGAUCACCACAAUGAGGAUGAAGUACCUGUGGACUCCCUACAUGUGUGUGCUGGCCAGCUACGGAAUAACCAACACACAGGUCUGGACACUCGUCUACAGCAAGCUCAAACUGCAAGAACAAGUGGGAUACCGAGUGAGGCAUGCUGCUGCAUUAGUGGUAAUUGCAGUUCUGUUGGCCAUUAAACUUCCGAACAUUUUUGAACAGCUAAAGGAUUUACGGGAAUUCUGGGAUCCUGACACUGUUGAUUUGAUGGAGUGGAUCAACAAAGACAUUCCUAAAACUGAAUCAUUCACGGGAAGUAUGCAGCUACUGGCCGGUGUGAAGCUGUGCACUGGUCGGCCCAUCACUAACCACCCGCACUAUGAAGACAAAUACCUGAGACAGAAAACCAAAGAGUUGUACCAGAUCUAUGGGCGACGUGAACCUGCAGAGGUGCAUUCUAUCCUGAAGAAACACAAGAGUAACUACAUCAUCCUGGAGGAUUCCAUCUGUCUCGCUCCACCCAGUGGGGGCUGUCGCUUGCCCGAUCUUAUUGAUGUCGACAAUGGUGUGAUUCCAGAUUAUGGCGAGGAUCAAGCAGGCCUGACUCGCAGCACCGUCCCACGGUUUUGUGAUGAGAUUCGACACGAUGGUAUCCAGUACACUAAAUACUUCAAAAAGGUUUUCGAAAAUAAGACUUUCCGAGUGCAUCGGGUUUUGUGACAGCUUUAAAUACAGUAGUUGUAUACAAGAGAGUAGUUCAAGUAGGAACUGUUUUCUUGAGCUUACAGCCAUUAUAAAGUUGGGGUAAAUGGAAUAAUAGCCACAAGUUUGACAUAAUGGACAUCUUGAUGUUGGGAUUAGAUGUGGGAAAGCUAUCAUCUGGACAUAUUAGGAAUUAGAUUGAGGAAUCAUAUUUUGGACUUUUGGAUAAUCGGAUUAUCUAGCAUUGAUUUGAUUUACAAUAGUUUACAUUUAAUGAAAACAUCUGCAUUAAAGGGAUGGAAGUCUCGUUGUUUUGAUUGUGACAGUCCAGAGAGAUGUGUGAAAUUUAUCUCGAUCUCAUUACGUUAGAAUGGUAUAUUAUUGUGAACACAGAUAGAUGGACAGGAACCUUGCUAUCUACCAAUUGUAAAUGAUAUAUUAUUAUUACUAAAACAUGUACAAGAGCCUGUCUUGUCUCGACAGGGUGGAGGUUGUGGGGUGAUCCUAUAAUCAAGAUAUUUGUAGACUGAGGACUAGUUUACUGUUAGCGGCAGUGGGUGCCUAUCUCUGUUAGUUCACUCUUUAGUAUCACUUGACGGUAGUGUGUACCAUAUUUUCCCAUGUAUUAUGCACACUUUUUUUCUUCAUAUUAUGCACACUUUUUUUCUUCAGAAAAUACAGGUUACAAAUGGGGGUGCGCACUAUACAUAACAAUAGAAAACACUAUCUUUUAAAAAUGUCCAGUGAUCACCCAUAAAAAAAAUUGCUAAUCGGUAGUUUAUGGUACUUCACAGGUUGACAAUGUUCAUUACAACGAAACGCCAAAACCCUCUUAAAAAUCCCUUUUCACUUGUGAUGGUUGUAAUAAAUGCAAAAUAAAUCUACAAAAGUAUCCAUACCUCACCAAAAAGUGCACAAAAGUGACAAAACUGGACCAUAAAUAUAUUUAAUUUCCAUGAGAUUUAAUUUGGCCAUUUCCAUCAAACAUCUUGCAUUCACCGUCCAUUUUGUGGUUUAAAAAAACGGUGCACAUUAUAUUGUGGUUCAUGGUUUUUUUCUUGGAAUAAACAUUCAAAGUGGGGGGUUCGCAUAAUACAUGGGAAAAUACUGUAGGUAGAAUAUAUUAUCGGUAUAGGCAGACUGAGGACUAGUUUGGUGCUGGGUUAAAUAUGUACGGUAUAUCUUCAGUUGUAAAUUAUAUGUGUUUCAAUAAAAAAUAUUACCAGGUUUCAAAUUGUAAGGGGUAAAUACAUUUUUAAAAUACUAACUAAUGCUAUUUUCAUUAGAAGUAUAUUUAUAUGUUCUAUAGUAUAGAAGUAUAUACAGUUGAAUCUUGUUGGCUCGAACCCUGUCGGUGCUCAAGAAAGUGUUCGACCCAUCGGGUAGUUCGACCGAACCAUUCGGUCAACAUCGGAUAUUUCCGUAACAUCAGUUAGAAAGUUGAAUUAGAUAGGUGUCCGGACGUUUCGGCCCCAGUACAUGUUCGGCCCCAAACCGUUUCGGCCCCUAUUGCAAUAUAUGGCAAUCUAGUGUUCGUGUAUACAGAUAUAUGCUGUAAUUGGUAUGGUAACACCGGUAAUAAUAUAGAUAAAAUACAAAUUUGUAACAUUAAUUUGUCUUUGGAUAUUAAUGCUUUAUCAGCUGUUUACUUUCUGUCAGCUGAAGCUAGGCGAAAUCAACAUACCGUACUGAGCGUUUUAACUUCAGCUGGGUAUGUAGUAUAUUUAAUAAGAAACCACAGCACAUCAGUAGUAUGCAGUGUGACUGUUCAUAAAUUAAUUAUUAAUGUGAAUACAUUGUCUGUAUAUUAUCUAAGGCCUGUACGUAUUUCAG